UAUAUGUAUUGCCCGCCCAAGCCCUCAACCACCGACCCACCCAAUAAACCAAUCCAAUAUUAAAAAUCCAUAACCCACUGAUACUAACCCGGUAGCCUUAAGCCAACCCGAAAAUCCCUAAUCUAAAACAAAAAAUAACACAAAAAUCCCCAAUCUACUAACCCGAAUCAGUAAUCUAAUGUUCUUAUCUCCCCAAAUAUCUUGCUUCCUCUGAAAAUAUCCCUACCACCGAGUGCCGACAGCCACCAGUCACCACCGACCACCGUAACCCAACGCAGUGACGCACCUUCACUUUCUGGUCACUUCACUAACCACCGUCCAAUAUUUCAAGGCUCAAGCAGCUUGCACUCUUCUGGGUUCUCCGUUGUCGUCGCUCAUCAUUGCUGGAACCCCUUUUACCUUCAGGUUCUUGUUGGGUUCUUGGUUUUUCAAGGUGUAAUUAGUUGCCUUGUUUUUUGAUAAAUGGACAGUGUUGGGGAUUAGUUUAGGAUUGGGUUUAUGCCAAAAUUCUUUUAAUUUUAUCGAAAACCUUUCACAAAAUUUUUAGUUUUGCCCCUAAUCACGGGGAAGUACUUAGUAGUGACAUAGCUUUUUUUGUGUUCAUUGUAGCAGCUUUAAAGAAUUUUACUUAUAAAAAGGACGUGACAGAACAAAUUUAAGACAGCAGCCCUAUACCUUUGCCUUUAACAUUAUUCCCAAAUCCCCCAAAUCAGUUCCUAUUUUCACCAAAAAUCCCUAGGUGUUGUUGUGCCGCUUACCAGCAGGUGAAGCUGCUGCUUCCUCUGUCGCCGGCGUUCACUACUGUCUUCUCCUUCUCUGCUCCAGCCUUCAGCCGUUGCUGUCCCGCUGUGCUGCUGGUCAAUUUCAUCCAAUUCCAGGGUCAGAAUGGAUCCCUCAAAGCAAGAAACAAACCAAAAAAAAGCUUCUAAACCGAUGGCUAAGAAGGAAACCCAAGAAUUCCAAUUUGUUGUUUACAAUACCAUGACUCAGCAAAAAGAGGUUUUCAAGCCCAAAAUCCCUGGAAAAGUUCGCAUGUAUGUCUGCGGUGUCACUGCCUAUGAUUUCAGUCACCUUGGCCAUGCUCGUGCUGCCGUUUCCUUUGAUGUCCUUUACAGGUACCUUAAGCAUUUGGGUUAUGAGGUUACUUAUGUCAGGAAUUUUACUGAUGUUGAUGAUAAGAUAAUUCGUCGAGCCAAUGAGACUGGAGAAGAUCCAAUAAGUUUGAGUGACCGGUACUGUAAAGAAUAUAAUAUAGAUAUGAGUGAUCUACAGUGCCUUUCUCCAACACAUGAGCCACGUGUUUCUGAUCACAUGGAGCAGAUCAAAGAUAUGAUAACUCAGAUUAUAAACAAAGACUUUGGAUAUGUUGUUGAUGGCGAUGUGUUUUUUGCUGUUGAUAAAUUCCCAAAUUAUGGCAAGUUAUCUGGGCAGAAGCUGGAAAACAAUAGAGCAGGUGAACGUGUUGCUGUUGACUCAAGGAAGCGUAAUCCUUCCGACUUUGCAUUAUGGAAGGCUGCAAAGCCAGGUGAGCCAUCUUGGGACAGCCCUUGGGGACCUGGACGACCUGGGUGGCACAUAGAAUGUAGUGCAAUGAGUGCACAUUAUUUAAGCUUCAAAUUUGACAUUCAUGGUGGUGGGCUUGAUUUGAUUUUUCCUCACCAUGAAAAUGAAAUUGCUCAAAGUUGUGCUGCAUGCGAAGAGAGUGACGUAAGUUAUUGGAUGCACAAUGGGCAUGUUACUAAUAACAAUGAGAAGAUGUCAAAAUCUUUGGGUAACUUUUUCACAAUUCGCCAGAUUACUGAGAGAUAUCAUCCACUGGCUUUGCGAUACUUCUUGAUAAAUGCACACUAUCGUUCUCCUCUCAAUUACUCCGUUGUUCAGUUGGAAGGUGCAUCAGAUGCUGUUUUUUACAUAUAUCAGACUUUGAAAGAUUGUCAAGAUGCUCUAUUGCAACUACAAGAAGAAAUGCCCAACGAUGGCAAACCAGCUCGGAUUAGUCCGGACGCCAAGGAAUGCAUUAGCAAGCUCCGCAAUGAGUUCCAGGUGAAAAUGUCAGAUGACUUGAGCACUUCACUUAUACUGACUGGAGCCUUUCUAGAAGCAUUGAAGUUGGUAAACAAUUUGUUGACCAUGCUAAAGAAGAAGCAGCAAAAGCAACAAAGAUUAUUGGUAAUUAAAUCCCUUAAAGAGAUUGAGAACGAAGUUACAAAAGUUUUGGAUGUUCUUGGAUUGCAGCCACCUUGGUCUUAUAACGAGGUUUUGCUGCAAUUAAAGGAGAAAGCAUUGACGAGAGCCGGGUUGGUGGAGGAUGAUGUGAUUCGUCUAAUUAACGAGCGAGCUGAAGUGAGGAGAAACAAAGACUUCUUGAAAAGUGAUCAGAUGAGAGCUCAUUUGCAAGCAAAGGGCAUUGCACUCAUGGAUGUAGGCACGGAAACAAUUUGGAGACCUUGUGUUCCUGUUCAACAAGACUCGGAAAUAGUGCCAUCAGAGGGCCGGAAGGUCCCUCCCAAGCCUGAAAGUGCAUAAGAAUGCAGAUCUUGAUUCAAGUUCACCAAAAAAAAAAAAACAUAUUGAAUUUGCUUCGUAUGGUGGUUUUUAUUGUCAAAACAAUUUGGUGGGAUCAAGGCCAUUUCUAGACGGUUUUGAUUCAUAAUUUAUAAAAUGUCUUUCCCUUUCUGACCUAGUAAACUUGUGUAAUGAACCAAGUUCUCUAACGAUCGGAUUGAUUGCCUUGCUUCUAUUUGGCCUUCAGCUGCACGGACAGUGAGCCAGAUUUUUUCUCUUCUGAUUACAGUACUUUAGUAACAGGCAUGAAUAUGGUGGUUAUAUUGUCCUUUUUAAA